UUUGUGCAUUUUGUUCAUUGGGUCCACUGUAAUAAUAAUGCCCUUUUAAUGAUGUAAAAAAAGAUUCAAUUGAAAUACACUAGUAGUCUUAGAUCCCUCAGAUACAUGUAAUUAUGCCCUACAGUUCCUCUCAGCAGCUCCUCAAUAUUACAUUGAGGACAGUAGGCCGUGUCUCACCAUGAAUCAGUGUGUUAAUGGCUGAUUGACGCUUGGUGUCGAGCAAAUGAGGUCUAGUAAGCUGGGUGAUGCUGAAGCAAAGACCUGAGGCUCGCUGUAAUUGGAAAUGACAGGGUGGAUGCUGUGGCAGAGAGGGUCAGGUGUCUGCACACACACACACACACACGUGGCACACACACAUUUUUCAUUCUUCAUUCUCUCUCUUUCUGGUGUCACACUCACACGCAUGCAUACACACACACACACACACACACACACACACACAUUCUUUCUCACAGAACACCUCUUUCCCUCUGUGUUUUUCUGAUUCACUCACUCACACUCACGGCCUGGUUGUAAUUAGUGGCACAGCGUAGUGGUCACACAUAAUGCUGCUAAUUGGGCUGGCAGGCACCAUUACCCAGAGCUAAUCACCAUUCUCUGGGUGACAAGGCGUCCUGGCCCUCUGACCACUAGCUGCUAGCAGGAUCCAUAUCACAUUGCCAGAGCUCAUGGAGCCCUGCUACACCAAUUAACCAGCUAAACUCACUGACUCACACUGUAGGUCUUGAGCAUACUCUCUUUUACCAUAUUUUAUGUGCUUUUGAAUUGGGUCGUGCUGCUUAAGGCUAGCCAAUGUUCUUACUCAUCUGCCACAUCUAACCAACUGCAGGACGGACUAUCGUACUUCUGAAGGUAUCCUUGAGUAAGACACUCAGCUCAUCCCUACCUGUACCACUUGACAGACUGUGUUCACAGAGCUAUAAUGGGUAUCGGAUUAGAUGUGUGUUUGAUAACAGGAAUCGUUUCCUUCAGUACCCAGGGCUAGUCAACUGUACCAGACUGGUUCUGUGAGUGGCCCAAAGAUGUCCUGCGGGUGUCUUAAGGUUUUAGUGGCUGGUGUUUCCUACCUCAGAAUGACUAGAGUCUCCUCAUCCUCCCUCUGACAUGAUGAGGCCUUUAAGAGCCCUAUGAAAUGCAUCUGGCACAUCAGAGCCUCGAGGCUGGCCAACCUGUAAGUGCAGCAGCCUUUGAAUGGGAGAGAGAGCGAGGGUAGAGGAUUGCUGUCUGAAAUGAAGGCAGUAACGUGAACAUGGCUGAGCAGGAACAGAGAGCUUUUUUCAGCUUUCCACAUCAGGAGGCUUUCAUUUUUGUGCCCAUUAAACAUGACCUGACUUUAAUUGCAUUUGCAAGCCUCUCGACCAGACCAACCCUCAUUUCAAAUUAGGGUUUUGUAGCUUUUCCACAAUGCUUGAUUUAGCUUCAGCUGUCUUGAAAUGUCAGAGAGCAGUAGCCUUCUAUUUUUAUUGUUCUAAUAAUGGUUUAUCAUAAUUUAAUAUGCUCUUUGUGAAUUUCUACAAACAUGUUCAUUUGCUGUGGGAUAGGCUGUGUUGUUUUAACAGUCAGUUUUGGGACUUUCCAUUUGUUAUUUUUACUCAAGUGACCGCCUGAUUUACCACGAUUAGCAGGUAAGUUUCCUGGGCCCUGUUUCCCAACAUCAGUUUAUCUUUGAAAGCAUUUCCACAAACACCAGUCUUUUAAAGAGUCCUGUCCGUGGUGCUGGAAAUAAUGAUGAAAUGAUUUUAAAGUAACUAUACAAGUAAAGUAACAUAUUAUAGUGGAGGUAUUGACCAGCUGGACUUCCAUUUUAAUAUCAGUAGAUUGGUGUUGAUUGCAUCAGUGAUAAUUAUUUCAUUAUUUUAAAGAAGAGCACAUUGUCACUUAUCUGCUUCUCAUCCAUUUAUGUUGUGCUAGGAGUGCUAUGCUACAUGGCUACAUGGACAGGAGGAAUGAUUACAGCAACCACUAACUCUUUCAACAUACAUAUGGGCAUGUACACGUGCAGUGGUCUGUUUGAGGUCCACAAGCUGCUCUUCAGCUUCCAGAUGUGUGCCAAUUCAACAUGGAUGAGUCCAGCUUUCUCUCUCCAAGGAGGACUCGUUGUGGAGGAAUCCACCUGCAGGACUCCUCUGAUCUUUGUUCUGUCUCCUGGGGUGGACCCCACAGGAGCCCUGCUGCAGCUGGCUGAGGCCUCUGGCAUGAGCAAGCACUUCCACGCUCUCUCUCUGGGCCAGGGACAGGCCCCCAUCGCCAAGCGCAUGACAGAGGAGGGCGUCAAGAACGAUGGAUAACAGUCAUAACGGCCUGGGUACAAGUGGCACACAACCAACUGCCAACUUCAUAGCUACAACCACAUAAAAAUUUUAUUGUCGUUUACUGUUAUGUUACUGUAUUUUCUAACAGAACAAUAAUUCUAAAUAAAUUGUUUUUAAUGAAAUAUGCUUCUGCUGAAAGUCAGCAUACAGACAUUGACAAAGUUAGGGUUUGGUCAUCCCACUAAAACCACACACAAAUUCCUUACUCUGCACUGCUUAGACCUCAUGUUACUCAAAAACAUGCAUGAAAAUAGGCAGGAGUGGUGGCCCGUGUUUCAGACAUGUACCUUAUCAAAGCAGCGUCCCCGGUUUGAUACUGGUUGUAUUUGUUGUACCUCUCUCUUGCUCCCCAUGCUUCCUCUCUGUAUUUUUCAUCCGUUAUUCAUCUGGUAUGUGUAUAUUAGACGUCAUUUAAGCACCAGGAGAGUUCCAAACUAAGACCAGUCACCUCUCUCUCUCCUGGAUGCCUGAGUUGGACAAGCUGGUGGAUCAGCAAUAGGUGCAAAAGCCCCACUGAAACUUCAGCUCUUCGCCAGUGGACUUCAAGUGUCCACAAACCAUUAUACUUACAUGUGUUCUAUUGUCUCCCCCAAAAAAACCCAUAUGAACAUAUGAAAAUAUAAACUGAAACAUGUACAUUUAUGGAAGACAGAAAAGCAGUCCCAAACAAAGCUACCCCCAUAGUGUUAACACUGCCCCUUUUCAAGCCAACAUGAAUGAACAUGACCGUCUCCUUGUAUUUGUUUUUUUCACCACAUCCUGCUGGAAAGGAAGACUUUUUUGCAGCUGGGCUGGAACAUUGUCAAUGUCCUCAACGAUUCUGACUUUAAGGUCAGAGCCUCAUCUGAUACUGAAGGAAACAGUUAAACAGUGACAGUUAUUGGCAGAUGUGCCAUCGGAUGGACUGCCAUCUUUUCUGGUCUGCGCAGUGAAGAUGUUGGAGGUGACAACUACUGAAUGAUCAAGUGGCAAUGACUAUGAUGUGGUUGGGGUUAUGGCAGUGAUGACUGAGUAGAAUUUCUUCAUGGCUGAUGCUUUCUUUGUCAGUAAUCUGCUCUAAAACACAAAUAUAGACUUAACUCAACCAGAAAGACCAUUUAUACCCUGUCAGAGUGAGGGCCAAUUAGACUAAUGAAUAAUGACAUGAAUCUUGCUCAAAUGUAUGAGACUGAAUCCUAUCUGUCUACUUGCCCUUGGUCUGUAUCUUACAUUUUAAAGUCAGUCUGUUAAGAUCAUGGUCUUGAUGCCCCUGUAGGUGAAUGAGAGUCUGCUGAGUCUGUACCUGGAUGAGUAUGAGGAGAUUCCCUGGGAUGCACUGAAGUACCUCAUUGCUGGGGUCAACUAUGAAGGUCAUGUCACAGAAGACAGAUGUCUUCUAACCACAUACUGUAUAUUAAUGACUACUUCUGUGACGCUGCCAUAAACCAGCCCUUAUUCAAGUAAGAAACACAAACGCACACACAUUUAUUCUACCACAGUUUAUUGUAUAUGGGCAUAAUGUAAUUUGUAUAUUUAUGUGAUACUACAAUCAGUCCCUCUUCAAGUCAGCAAAUAUGGGCACACAUGUAGACAUACACAGUUACAUGUGAAGAAAUUAUGAACUGUGCCUUCAGAAUGAAACUAUGCUACAAUAUAAAUAUUACAGUAUAUAUAAAACCCAGUAAAAAGGUACUAUAUUUAAAAUGCACACUGCUUUACUUUAAAUAAAUGAAAGUAUGUAUUGUGUCCAAAUACAUAUAGUGCACUGGCGUAAAAACACGUUUUUUUUCUGAGGAAGCGCACUGCGGCUGCAGUCAGCUGGCUACUUCAGCUCCCUGCUGAAGCGCAGAUGGUCGCAGUGUGCCAGCACCACCAAGUGGACAAUCAGAUUAUUACAGUCUGGGAAAUAUAGACACAGUGGCACCCUGAUGAACACUGACAGGAACACUUAGUCCUUGCUUUUUUUCAUUUAAUCACUUAGACAAAUGCACACAGGCACCCAUGUCCACUCACUUAAUUUCUAACCAACCACUCUCAGAAGACUUAAGGCUGGGGCAUGCUGGUGGUAGAACAGAUAAAAUGCUGUUUGUUAUUUACAAAAAAAAACCAGCUGAAUGAAGUCUUCAGGAUUUUUUGCUGUCACUUCAUCCAGCUGUAAUGACAUGAUUAAGAUGUGAAGCCAUAUGAAUAACUCCUAAAACAUUACAAACCUCAUAAUGCACACCAUGCAAUUUAGAUGGAACUAGUGGCAACUAGUUAUUAAUUUGACUUACUUGUUUUUUAUAUAUUUUUUUUUUUCAUUCUUCUGUAUUAUGUAUUUUUGCCAGAACAAAAUAAAUAAUAAAAUAAAAUAUGAAGAUUCUCAGUCAUCCAGGUGAAAGGAUAUCUUGAUCCAAAAAUAUAUUAAUGUCAUCCACAAAUUCUUCAUGCGUCACAGGUUUUUUUGCUGCUAACUAGCUACAUUGGCCAAGGAGGAUGUAGACAACCCACUACAACACAAUACGUUACCAGUGGCUUUUUUCACCUACAGGGGUUCUUUACCUGGAGAGCGUUACACAUGCACAGGUUCAUACUAUCUACUUUUUAGCUGCAAAAAGUGUGUGUCUGCAUAUAACAGAAUUUGCAAGUGCAUGGGUGUCUGUGUUCUGGUAGGGAUUACCAUCUCUUGCCUUUGUGUGUUAAAGGCUGAACUUUUGUGUUUUAUUAAUGGGUAAUGAAGAAGCUGUGGCCAAUAUCAAAUUGGAACUUUGCAAAUAUAUACUUGUGUAUUUAGUUAAGUGUAAAGUUCGAAAUGUUUGAAAGUUAUCCUUGGAGGUGUGUGUCCUACAUGCUGUCAAGUAAGGUAAGAAAUCUGAAGAUUGAUGGAAUACUUAAAGAUCGGUUUACAUAAAUAAAUAUAAACAACAUUAAUAAUCCAGGAAAUGUGGAAUAGUGUUGGAUAUGUGAAUGUGUCUCUGAGAACUGCCAACCAUAGUGGCAUAGACCAUAUGCUCUAUUUCUGCUUUAACUUUUUCCUUUAUACCAAAACCAUUAACGAAUCACUGUACAAUUCCAGUAGAUCCAGAUAAGAUCCAAAUUUCCACUAUAAAUGGGGGUUAUGAUGACAGAUUGCCAGCUGAAACAAUGUGUUUGUGUUAGUUUGUGUUGGUUGAACUGGAGAAGAGAAGGGAUCAAAGGCUUAGUGGUGAUGGCAUCCAGUUUGGAGGAGACCUUCCACUACAUCUAUGAAGCUCGUCUAUCAA